GGUGAGUUUGCUGCCACCAACGUCUCAAAAGUCUCUCAUUGAAGGCCACAAAACAAAAUCCGAAGAAAAAAAGCCCACUGAAGAUGGCAAGCAUAAAAGUCAAUGAUGAGCAUGCGCGCGCGCCUUUGCGAGACUUUUGAGACGUUCAAUGGACGGUGGCAGCAAACACACCAUUGUUUGCGUCAUAAUUUUUUUAAUUGUCUCAUAAACCUUCCAUUGUCUCGCUUAUGCAUAAAUUAUCGCGCAGAGUAACAUGACUCAACGUCACGCGAAACGUAAGCGUCAACAUACAACACAACAUUUCACGUAUCGUGUUAUGUGCGCCACAGCGGUAUUUCCAGAGUGAUAUUUUUUGGUUGAGGACGUGAAUUUCAGACAUGUUCAACGGCAUUAACCAGAGAAUUUUCAUGUCGGUUUCGAUGUUUGGAGCCCCCACGCCGACAGUAGAUUGGAACACACGGCCGAAACCAAAGAACAAGUCGGCCAAGUCCAAGGCGAGAUCCGCGCGGGCCGAAUUUGGCAGCGCGCCCGUGAAGAAAGGAAAGGGUGUUCGGAGUCUGAUGGGCCGUCUCAACUGCUGCCUUCGGGAGCCCGAGGUGGAAACUGACUCCUUGGAUGCCAUGGAGAGGGGGGAGGCACUGGACGUGGUGGAUGUUAAGUCGGUGGAAAUCAAAACGAGCCCACAGCAGAGUGGUGGUUCCUCCAGCUGUCCAGCAACAACCCCAAGUCCGGGUGACGACCAGCAGAGCAGGCAAUCCUCAACUCCCAGUACUGAGGACGGGAAGGCUAACGAGGGGAAAAGAAGACCCUCUGGGUUGGCCAAGAAGGGCGGACUUGGUGGUCCUUUCCGACGAGCCUGCGGAUACCUCAGGGAUUUUUGGAAUAAGGGAUCGAGAACACCCAUGCCACCCGGCGGUCCCCCAGGCUUCUAUGAGGUUGCAAAUGGAUCUUCAGGUGGCUCUCAACCUGAAAAGGUAGCCACAAAUUCCAACGUGGACACCAACCAUCUCACUUCAGGCAUCCCUGGACCAACAAAACAUCGUGGAAAGGGGACAACCAGGGGAGCGGGAAGCACCAAGGAGGGGGACAGGUGGAAGUCAGUAGAGGCCACGUAUACAGGGAGGUACACUAGCAAGAUUACGCCCUUGCUUGACACCUCCUCAACAAACACCUCUAGUUCCGGUGGCAGCAUCCCACGCGGGGUUGAUACAACAUCUCUGGGCUCCAACCUAUUGCCUGCUGGUGUGGACGCCCGCUCCGUAGCAGCCUGGGCCGUUACUGAUUGGACAAGUCAAAGAAAGGAAAACCAGCCCGGUCAACAAGUCCAGUCCCAGCCCCUUGCCCAAGCUGCCCAGCCAAGCCAGCCUCCAACCGUCAUCUGCCAUGGGGCUGGCUUGGCUGAAGACACCGGACCGACGCCAGUAGAACGAUUGAGCAACGUCAGAAUUCACCAAGAAACAGGAUACAGGAGGACUCAAAGGUAAACAACAGACGAUAUA